AUGGCGUCGAGCUUGCGCUCAUCCACGACGACGCUGGCCUCUGCGCUGCGGCCGGCCGCCGGCAGACGGGCGCAGCAGAACCUCCCGCGGGUGGCCCGCCGAUACAAGUCCGGGCCCUACGGCUACACCCAGGCCAAGGCCCUCGUCUUCUCCAAGGAGGGCGAGCCCAGCGACGUCCUGCAGCUGCACACGCACUCCAUCUCCCCCUCGAUCCCCUCCUCGGCCGUGCUCCUCCGCGCCCUCGCCGCCCCGAUCAACCCGGCCGACAUCAACACCGUCCAGGGCACAUACGGCGCCAAGCCGCCCUUCACCCAGCUCAUCGGCACCCCGGAGCCCGCCGCCGUCCCCGGAAACGAGGGCGUCUUCGAGGUCGUCUCCGUCGGCUCCGAAGCGGGGGCCGGCGACGGCGGCCUGCGCAAGGGCGACUGGGUCAUCCCCUCGGCCAGCUCCUUCGGCACCUGGCGCACCCACGCCGUCGCCGACGCCAAGGACGUCAUGAAGGUCUCCCGCGACGGCCUCACCCCGACCCAGGUCGCCACCGUCAGCGUCAACCCCUGCACCGCCUACCGCAUCCUGCGCACCUACGGGCCCGGCGAGGUGCGCGCGGGCGCGAACCCGGGCGCCAUGCGCGCCCUCGACCCGGGCAGCGGCGCCUGGUUCGUCCAGAACGGCGCCAACAGCGGCGUCGGCCGCGCCGCCAUCCAGCUCGGCAAGCUGUGGGGCCUGCGCAGCAUCAACGUCGUGCGCGAGCGCGCGACCGAGGCCGAGACGGCGGGCCUCAAGAAGGAGCUGGCGGACCUCGGCGCCGACGUCGUCGUGACGGAGAAGGAGUUCCUGGCGCGCGAGUGGCGCGACCGCCUCGCGGAGCUCACGCGCGGCGGGCGCGAGACGGUCGGGCUCGGCCUCAACUGCGUGGGCGGCAAGUCGGCGACGGCGGUGGCGCGCAGCCUCGGCGACGGCGGCACCAUGGUCUCGUACGGCGGCAUGGCGCGCCAGCCCGUGAUGCUGCCGACGGGCCUGCUCAUCUUCAAGGACGUGCGCUUCGUCGGCUUCUGGCUGAGCCGCUGGAACGAGCGCGACCCCCAGGGCCGCCGCUUCGCCAUCGAGGACGUGCUGGGCAUGAUCCGCGAGGGCCGCUUCCGCGACGUCCCCGUCGAGGAGGUGCCGUGGGCCUGGGACACGGAGGAGGCGCGGCUGAAGGAGGCCGUGCAGGGCGCGCUCGGCGGGUUCCGGAAGGGCAAGGGCGUCUUCGUCUUUGGGGAGACGUGA